UCUUGUGUUGGCUAAACUAUAAAAACAAUAGGCCAUAACCACACAUUCGCAUGUGUUUGGUGCUAGAAUUAGUUUUAAAUUUUUAUCAAUGUAAUGUUAUUUAAUUUGUCCCUAGAACAAUGCCUGGAACCAUAUCAUUUCGAAAUGUGUUCAUCAGCACUGAUGUCAUCUGUGUGAAAUUUUUUGGUCCUUAUGUCUUUGCUGGUGUUGGAGGAAUUCUGAAAAUAUUUGAAUUACUCACCAAAACAUGUGUCAAAGAAGUGGAAGUAUUUAAGGGCCACAAAAUAUAUGGAAUCGAGCCCGGUGAAAAAAAUCUUAUAAUCAUAUUUGGAAGUAAAAGUGUUCGUGUUUUCAAAUUUUCUCAUGCACAGACAGAGAUUCAGAUGUCAUGUGUUGCAUCAAUAUCUUUGGAAGACUGGGUCUUAACUGCACAUUGGCUUUCUGAUGACACUCAAAUAUCGCUUGUCACUGCCCAUAAUGUCAUUUGGCUUUGGUCAUGGAGCGAAAAUGACAAAACUGAAUUAAUGCGGGCAGGUUGUUCUGAGAAAUGCAUUUUAUAUUCUGCUACAGUUUGCGGCAAAGAUUGGGAAAGUUGUGUUGUCUUUGCGGGUACUGUUUUCAGAGAAGUUGUUAUAUGGCUGCCCAGUGGAAGUGGCAUGUGCGACCAGCCUGUUUUACACAGGCUUGUUGGUCAUAAUGGUGUAAUAUUUUCUCUUACCUGGGACUGGCAAACAUCUUCCCUGUGUUCCACAUCUGAUGAUAGGAGUAUUCGCCUCUGGGAAUUUUCGUUUCCUCAUAAGUCUGAUUGGCAAUCAUCCACUGUUACUUGCUCAAAUGUGUUUUAUGGCCACUCUGCAAGAGUUUGGCGAAGCAUUAUGUUUGAGAAUUUCAUUGUCAGUGUAGGAGAGGAUAAUCAAAUUUGUGUGUGGAGUAGAAAUGGAAACCUUCUUCAAAGCAUAAAUAGAUCAACCAGUGGUUGUCAGUGGAGCGUUGAUUGCAGUGCCAAGCACCAGCUCAUGGUCACAGGUGCUGGAGAUGGAUCAAUACAACUCCUUCCUCCUCCUUCACCAAGGGCAGUGCCGACAGCCAUCACUGGCCCAUUCCCUGAAGAUCUCCUUCGACUGAUUGACAGUCCCUGUGUGCGCAAAUUAGCUUUUUUGUCAUCUGGAGUUAUUGUGGCUGCCACUGAGGACGGGACAAUCCUGAGAGGUGAUUCUAUAUCAACUCCUUGGGAAAUAGUCUGCAAGGAUGUCAGGUUUUCAAAUUAUUGUGUACUAUCAGUGGCACCCAGCCGUACAAAAUUUUCCAUUGCUUCACUUAGAGGGGAGGUAAUUUUAUAUCAAUGCACUGCAAAGGAUGGGAAGGAAUGGACCCUUGAGCAGCAGUUAGAAGACGGCAAAAUUUGGUCUCUCUUGUGGCUCUCUGACCAGGAGAUAUUGGUGUGCGGUGAUGAAGGUCGUCUCAGAGUUUGGCAGAUCUCCCCAGAGCAAGGGGUGAAUAUGAAAUGCAUUGGUCAAUUUACUCUUCCUCGAUCUCGAGAGCGAUGGCCAACAUGUGGCAGACUUUUGACAAAGAACUCUCAAAAUUUUCUUUUGUGUGGAGAUCGUUGUGGGUCAUUGCAUUUAUUCAGUCUGUCAGGAUUCUCACAAGCAGAGGUGCAGUUUUCAGCUCCUGACCAUUCACUUCCUAAGCUUCAUGGAAAGCUUGGUGUAACUAGUGUAAUGAAACACCAUGGGAAAAUAUUUUCUACGGGCCGUGAUGGCAGUGUUAAAAUGCUUGCCGUUAACUCAGACCCACCUCAGUUGUUGCUGCUAUCCACUGAUAAAAUGGUUAUGGAUUGGGUCUGCUCUGUCAUAACCCUGCCUUCAGAUAAUAAAAAUUUCCUUAUUGUUGGGUUCAAAGAGAUGAAUAUGAUUGUUUGGAGCACUAGUGAACGGAGGACAAUUCUCCAGAUAGAUUGUGGGGGAGGCCACCGUUCUUGGGAUUGUAUGGUAUCAAGCAAAGAGAAUCUAGAAUUGACUUAUGUUAGAGAAAAACAAAUUUACUAUUCGUCAAGGGCCUUAGAGACAUUGAUGAAGCCAACAUUACAAUGUGGAAUAAGCCCUCGUGAAUUAAAUAGUGUUUCAAUCCUUCCACUUGUGCCUUCUGGACUGCUUUUUGGUGGUGAAGAUGGUACCCUUUAUGUGUGCAAAUUCAGUGGGGAUAUUUCUACUCUAGUGAGUAGAGCAACUCUAACUAGUCACAUUUCUAGUGUUCGCUGUAUUUGUGUGCAAGAUAAUUUCUUUUUUUCUGCUGGUGGUCGGGCCCAACUCAAAGCUUGGCAAAUCGAACAUGGUUCAGAUGAAGAAAUUUCAUGUGUAGAAUUAGCUUCACAUAUGCUCAAAGGUGAACGCCAUCCUCGCUCUCCUCCUUCCAUUGAUCCAGAAAUGCGAUACAUGAGCCUGUGUUGUAUUCCUAGCACUGAAAGCAAUUCUGUUGUGCAGCUGAUAUCUGGUUGUUCUGAUGGAGCCAUGAGGUGGCUUACGUUUGAUUCUUUUAACAAAACAUUCCAAGUUGUUAGUGAGUCAAUGUUUCAUACUAAAUGUGUCCUGAAAUUACUAACUGUCCCUUUAAAUCAAGGAAAAGUGGCACUAAUUUCUAGUGCCACUGAUGGGAUGAUUGCUCUCUGGGACAUCCUUCCAGAAAUGUUCACAUCAAAUUCUGGAAGGGAACCGAUUUGGAGCAGUCGCUGUCACCAGUCAGGUGUCAAUAGCCUUCAUGCCCAGGUCCUUCCUACAAGUAAAGCGUCAACCAUACUUGUAGCUAGCGGUGGGGAUGACAACUCUGUGGUCUUGACUGCUUUAACUCUGGGAGAUAAAGAAGUGUCUAUGAUUGCUCAGUGGUCUAACAGCUCUGCUCAUGCUGCUCAAGUGACAGGUGUCUGGCUGGUCGGAGCAUGGCUUCUAAGCACUUCUAUCGAUCAAAGACUGACUGUGUGGCGGUGGAAAUUGGAAUUGGAGGGAUCUACUCACCUUACUUGUGACUUUGUUAGUCAGACCAUAUGUUCUGUACCUGAUGUUCAAGACAUGCAGAUUUGGAGAGAUAAAGAUUUUAUCAGUGUCUGUGUUGUGGGGAAAGGAGUACAAAUUGUCCAGAUACCAUUAAAACCUGAACUGUGAAUACAUACUGUUAUAAAAUAUUUUAUUACGGAAUAAAAAUUUGUUGCAUUUUAA